UAUAUUAAAUCUUUUGAACCUGCUCAGUCAGGUAGCAGUCACGAGGUCACUGACCCGCUGGUCGAUUGAGGAGGAGCGUUUUGUUUUGGUGGCUUGAAGGGAGUCACCGCCCGGUUUCAGAUGAAGUUAAUGUUUCUUUCCUAAGACGCCAUCUCUCUGGACUCUGUGGUCGUGGAUCUUUGGCUCGGCUUCAAUAAGCUAAUGAUUAACCAGGAGAUGUGACAGCAAAUACAUUAAAAGUUCAGCAGCCUUAUCACCAGGUGCUGCCCGUGGUCCAGGUGCUGUGGCAUGGGCGACUUCCGGCCACGCACCGUUUGGCUCGGCCACCCAGAAAAGAGGGAGCAGCGGUUCCCUCGGAAUGUCAUCAACAACCAGAAGUACAACUUCUUCACCUUCCUGCCAAUGGUGCUGUACAACGAGUACAAAUACUUCUUCAACUUGUACUUUUUGCUUCUGGCCUGCUCUCAGUUUAUUGAAGAGCUGCGCUUGGGGGCCCUCUACACCUACUGGGUCCCUCUGGGUCUGGUACUGACCAUCACCAUCAUGCGAGAGGCAGUGGAAGAAAUCAGAUGCUAUCUUCGAGACAAAGAAGUGAACUCUCAGAUUUACAGCAAGCUCUCAACGAGAGGUACAGUGAAGGUUAAAAGCAGUGGGAUUCAAGUGGGAGACCUUAUAAUCGUGGAGAAGAACCAGCGUGUUCCUGCUGACAUGAUCUUUUUAAGGACCUCUGAAAGAAAUGGCUCCUGCUUCCUGCGGACUGACCAGCUGGACGGAGAGACGGACUGGAAACUGCGCCUCCCAGUGGCCUGCACGCAGAGGCUGCCAACCGCUGCCGACCUCCUCCAAAUCAGAUCCUAUGUUUACGCCGAAGAGCCGAAUAUCGACAUCCAUAACUUCAUCGGAACUUUUACCAGGGAAGAUGGAGAUCCCCCAGUCAACGAGAGCCUCAGCAUCGAGAACACCCUGUGGGCCAGCACCGUUGUAGCCUCUGGCACAGUGGUGGGGGUUGUGAUCUACACAGGAAAGGAGCUGCGCAGCGUCAUGAACACCUCCAACCCGAGGCACAAGGUUGGUUUGUUUGACCUGGAGGUGAACUGUCUGACUAAGAUCCUGUUCGUGGCCCUGGUCCUGGUGUCCCUGGUCAUGGUCGCCCUCCAGCACUUCGCCGGCCGCUGGUACCUCCAGAUAUUCCGCUUCCUGCUUCUCUUCUCGCACAUCGUGCCCAUCAGCUUGCGUGUCAAUCUGGAUAUGGGAAAGAUGGUUUUCAGCUGGAUGAUCAAGAAAGACUCCAAGAUCCCCGGGACGCUGGUGAGGGCGAGCACCAUCCCGGAGCAGCUGGGGCGCAUCUCCUACCUGCUGACCGACAAGACAGGGACUCUUACCCAAAAUGAAAUGGUGUUCCGGCGGCUGCACCUGGGGACUGUGGCCUAUGGGAUGGACUCGAUGGACGAGGUGCAGAGCCACGUGUUCAGCGCCUACACACAGCCCGCCCACGACCUUCCAGCCUCCAGGGGGCCGGCGGCCACCAAGGUCCGCAAGACCAUCAUCAGCAGAGUCCACGAGGCGGUGAAGGCCAUCGCCCUGGUGCACAACGUGACCCCGGUGUACGAGUCCAACGGGGUGACGGACCAGGCCGAGGCGGAGCAGCACUAUGAGGACACGUGCAGGGUCUACCAGGCGUCCAGCCCCGAUGAGGUGUCACUGGUGCAGUGGACUGAGAGUGUCGGGCUCACACUGGUGGGACGAGACCAGUCCUCCAUGCAGCUGCGGACCCCUACUGGCCAAAUCCUGAACUUCACCAUCCUGCAGAUAUUCCCCUUCACCUAUGAGAGCAAGAGGAUGGGCAUCAUCGUGCGGGAUGAAUCAACCGGGGAGAUCACUUUCUACAUGAAGGGUGCUGACGUGGUGAUGGCCGGCAUCGUCCAGUACAACGACUGGCUGGAGGAGGAGUGUGGAAACAUGGCGAGGGAAGGUCUGAGGGUCCUCGUGGUCUCCAAGAAAUCCCUGACGGAGGAGCAGUAUCAGGAUUUCGAGGCGCGGUACGUCCAGGCCAAGCUCAGCGUCCAUGACCGCUCUCUGAAGGUGGCCACGGUGAUUGAGAGCCUGGAGAUGGAGAUGGAGCUGCUGUGUCUGACGGGGGUGGAGGACCAGCUCCAGGCCGACGUCAGGCCCACCCUGGAGAUCCUGCGCAAUGCAGGCAUUAAGGUGUGGAUGCUGACGGGAGACAAGCUGGAAACCGCCACGUGCACCGCGAAGAACGCUCAUCUGAUCACCCGCAACCAGGACAUCCACACCUUCAGGCCGGUGACAACACGGGGGGAGGCCCACCUGGAGCUCAACGCUUUCAGGAGAAAACACGACUGCGCUCUGGUGAUAUCGGGGGACUCGCUUGAGGUUUGUCUGAAAUACUACGAGUACGAGUUCAUGGAGCUGGCCUGUCAGUGUCCCGCGGUGGUCUGCUGCCGCUGCACCCCCACGCAGAAGGCCCAGAUCGUGAGGCUGCUGCAGGAGAGAACCAACAAACUCACCUGCGCUGUCGGGGACGGAGGAAACGAUGUCAGCAUGAUCCAGGAAGCCGACUGUGGCGUGGGAGUGGAGGGAAAAGAAGGGAAGCAGGCCUCCCUGGCCGCGGACUUCUCGGUGACUCAGUUCAAACAUUUGGGUCGUCUCCUCAUGGUCCACGGUCGGAACAGCUACAAGAGGUCGGCGGCCCUCAGCCAGUUCGUGAUCCACCGGAGUCUGUGCAUCAGCACCAUGCAGGCCGUCUUCUCCUCCGUCUUCUACUUCGCCUCCGUCCCUCUCUACCAGGGAUUUCUGAUUAUCGGCUACUCCACCAUCUACACCAUGUUCCCCGUCUUCUCCCUGGUGCUGGACAAGGACGUGGACUCCGAGGUGGCCAUGUUGUACCCGGAGUUGUACAAAGAUCUGUUGAAGGGUCGACCUCUAUCGUUCAAGACGUUUCUAUUAUGGGUCCUGAUUAGUAUCUAUCAAGGGAGCAUCAUCAUGUACGGGGCGCUGCUGCUCUUCGAGUCGGAGUUCGUUCACAUCGUGGCCAUUUCCUUCACCUCGCUGAUCCUGACGGAGCUGCUGAUGGUGGCCCUCACCAUCCAGACCUGGCACUGGCUCAUGAUCGUGGGCGAGCUGCUGAGCCUGGCCUGCUACGUGGCCUCGCUCGUCUUCCUGCACGACUUCAUCGACAUCUACUUCAUCACCACGGUGUCGUUCCUGUGGAAGGUGACCGUCAUCACGCUGGUGAGCUGCCUGCCUCUCUACAUCCUCAAGUACCUGCGGAGACGCUUCUCCCCGCCCAGCUACUCCAAACUGACCACUUAGAAGAGUGCGAGGUCCCCCCCCUACCCCCCCACCCCCU